CGACAGAGGAAUAUCGUAAAAACAAAGGGACUCAUUUGCAAAAGAACCACAAACUAAAACCCUAAAACCUGAAGCCACUCCGCGCACCUAUAAAGCCAGCACUAACACAGCAAAGGCCAAAAUCGCUCACGCCUACCUUCGUUCCUAGGCCUUUUAUCUGAAAUCUGAGUUCUUGCUGGAACCCCUUGGAUUAAAUAGACAAGAUGUCAAACCCAAAGGUUUUCUUUGAUAUUCUGAUUGGAAAGAUGAAAGCUGGCCGAGUUGUAAUGGAGCUAUUUGCUGAUGUUACCCCUAAAACUGCUGAAAAUUUCCGUGCCCUUUGCACUGGGGAGAAGGGAAUCGGGAGUUCUGGGAAGCCAUUACACUACAAGGGGUCGGCAUUUCACCGGAUAAUUCCAAAUUUCAUGUGCCAGGGUGGGGAUUUCACAAGGGGAAAUGGUACCGGAGGAGAGUCAAUUUAUGGCCAUAAAUUUGAGGAUGAAAACUUCAAAGUGAAACAUACAGCGCCGGGGGUUUUAUCUAUGGCUAAUGCUGGACCUAACACCAAUGGUUCUCAGUUCUUUAUCUGCACUCAAAAGACAACAUGGCUUGAUGGGAAGCAUGUUGUCUUUGGUAAAGUUGUGGAAGGCUACAAUGUGGUUAAGGAAAUGGAGAAGGUGGGAACGGACGCUGGAUCAACUUUGGAACGGGUUGUGAUUGAAGAUUGCGGUCAGAUUACUGAGAAUUGAGGACAACGUUUACAUCUUGACUGAUAGUCUGUUAGGUAUGGAUAUGUUUAAUGUAAUUACUUCCUAUUAUACGGAAGCCUUGUUGUUUUAUGAAGAGAAUUUGAAUGCUUUUGUAAAGAUAUCCGCAAUAAGAAUUACAUCUAGUUUUGUAU